UUGAAUUGCACAUUAACAUUUUGAAAGUUAAGUACAGUUUAGGACAUGUGGUGGUAGAAGAUUAUGUUGAGCUGUAGGAGAUAGGACUUAGCACCUAGGCUGGUAAUGUUCUGCAUGGUACUUAAAACUGGCAGAAGACAUGAAGCAACUGUUUGGGAAAUGUCUUAACAGUAUUUUGAUGUCUGAAAUGCUUGUAAGAGGAGCCUUGAGUACUUGAGGCACAUGAAUGUAUCCUAAAACUCUUGAGUAAAUUUUUUUUUGGUCAUUUUGGUGUUAACCUAAAUAAUGGCUUCUUCUGUGACAUUGAAGUGGUUAGUCUCUAGAAUUUGAAGAUACUUGUGCUGUGUUCACGUAUCUUAUCUUGAAACACUUUCUGCGUUUGGUAUCAACAACUUGCACUUUAUUUCACUUGCAACUUUAUUUCACCCUAUGGUUCUUCAAACAGGAUUGUUCUAGGAAUAGGUAAAAGUGAGAUGGCUCCAGAAGUUGUAGUAAUUCUCCUUUUGGUUUCAAGAACAAAACAGAAUUCUUGAGAAUCUCUUAGCCUUCUUGCUGUGAUAAACUAUUUGAUUUUAAUAGGGUUUUUUUCCAGAUUUGCCUGAGGGCAAAAGUCUUAGACUUGACAGUGUUUGUAUUCUUUUAGUAACGUGAAAGUCCCUUUGGGGAGAGAGAAUCCUGGCUACUUUUACAACAUCUGAAUGUGCAGAAUUCUCCUAUUAUUUCCACAGAUGAUUCAUUUAUGAGCCAUAAGUUUAGCCUGCAGCUCUUGGGUAUAGGAGGGCAUGUGGUUACUUUACGUGAAGACAGAUUUUCAAAACGUCUGAAUACCACUUCCUCUUCUGUGUUGAAAAUCAGUCUCUUUCAGUUACGAUAGAACAGAAUAGAAUGGUUCAUUUGGAAGGGACCUAGAGAUCAUCUAGUCCAGCUACACAUUGUCUUCUUUGAUUCUUUCAUGUAAUCAUUAAAAAUUCUAGAAAGCACUUUCCAGAUAUAAACUGAAGGGCAGUUCCCAGUUUGACUUAAACAUUUUCAUGCUAGUUAUGUUUCUCUUCUGUCAUAAAAAUGUAUUGAUGUGUGCAAGGCAAUAGGAUAGCAUAGAAGUAUUUUGUGUUCCAUGAAUAUGCGUAAGACACUUCACAGUUUCUUGGUUGAGAUUAUUUUUGGGGUUUUCCAUAACCCUGCAUUUAUUUCAAGACUGAAUUUAAUCUAUUAGAAUUUCAUCUAUUCUUUACAGGUUAACUUUGGUAUAAUUAGCUGCCUGUAUACCAGGAAUGUUAAGUGUUGGAGAUUUUUAGCAAGCAACUGCUCUGCUAUGUGUUUUGAUAUUAGCUGGUUUGUGUUUUACUGCUGCUCACAGUAUGAUGAGUUCAUAUUAAACUUGUUUUCUUGAAACUUUUUCCUUUUUCCACUAGUUCUUGAAAAGUAAAUGUGGGAAUACUAAGUUAAUAAACCAGAAUUUGAGAAGUUGGAUGAAACAUGCCACAUGUAACUGCAGCUGGAACAAACUUGUUUAUAUAUAUUAGCUUUUAAGAAAAUUUCUUGUUUUCUAAAAUGCGGAUGGUGUCAUCAUGCUAGUAAAAUUGUUAGGAUUACUUGACCUUUUUUUUAUUUAUAAAAUCUUCAUUAAUCUGGUUUGAAAUUGGCUCAUUUGAUUAAACACACCCUUGAUCUAUAUUAUUUAUAGUAAGAAACUUUUAUGGAGAUUUAUAUAUAUAUUGAUAUAUAAAUAGUUUAUACCUGUAUUUAUACAUAGAGUUUUUAUAGAGAUCUUUACUUGAAAAUCACAUUGGCAAGAUCAAAAUCUUUCAUACACUGUUAAGGUUUUGAACCUUCACUGUUCUUUUUCUUAAAAUUGAUAGGAUCUGUGUCAGUAAAACUCCCAUCUUCUUACAGUAAGUACCUGAAAAUUGAUAGUUAAUCCAUUUGUAAAGUUACAAUGAUAUGUACCUGCCUUUGAACAACCCUGAGAUCUAGAGAUGCAAAGUGUAUUCACACAGUCACUGUUUAUUAUUUAUUGCACAAGAAUGGCUGAUUUCUCUGUUUUGAAGUAAAAGCCUUCUGUGCAGCCACAUUUAAAACCAGUUUCGUAUUAUGUCAGAAGUUCUGAUACAGAUCUGAAGAUCAGCAACUUUAGGAAACCAUCACACUGCUCUUGACAAACAAAACAAGGGUGUUCUAAAACUCUCCGUGCAUGUUGGGGAAAUACUUAGAGCCAUGUUUCUGUAGUCAUCGUGGUACUGAGCUGGAAGCAAACUACAUCCAUAGGUAGUUCUCAGGAGCAGCAAUAUGCUGUUUUACUCCUACUGUUGGGUGUAAAACACAAUUUGUGGGUUUUGGUUUUAAAAGCAAAAGGAAGAUGUUUAGGCCAUUCACACAGCAUCUGUUUUCUAAAACAAGUAAAGUCAGCUAUUUAAAUAAAUACUGAAAAUGUUUGUCUUUUCAUUUGUCAUUCAAAAACUUUACCUUGUAAGGCUGUUGGCAUGCUUCUUGGUAUCCUGUUUUUAUCCUGUAAAUCUGUUUUUGUAAUGGAGUUUCUCUGCUUGACAAAUACUUUCUUAAUGUACCUGUGUUCCUGUCCCUGUAGUAGCAGUUUGCAAAACACUUGGCAGGCAUCCCAAAGCACUUACGUUUGUAACUGCCUUGUAAAAGAGGCUUCAUUUCUCCUCCCAUGUGACGAACAGAGAGGGAAAUGCAGCCUUUGCCCCAGGGGAUUUACAAUAAAAACAUUGCAGUUUUAUGUCAAAACGUAACUGCUACAGAAAUAUGUGUAAGAUCAGCUAAGUGUUUUACUUCCAUUUUAGCAGAAAGGCAAAGCUGUAGUUCAGAUUAUGACUUGCUUCCUUUACCACUAUUGUAAACCACCUUCCAGAGCCCUUCCACAAGAAUUUUGGUUGUGAUCACACCGGUUCCACCUAGCAAAUAGACGAAUACCGAGGAAAACAUUGUUAGAGAAAAGGCUGUCAGUGUGUGCUUAUCUUAGAUGUAAAAGCCAGCACAAACAGCCAGGCACUGAAAGGAAUAGCAGGUAUUGUUCAGGUGGAAUCUUACUUGUUUGGGGCAAGAUUCAAGUACUAAAUUUUGGUCAUCCCAAGAAAGUUGCAUAUCAUGGUUUAAAGUUAUGGAGCCUUUUAUUGAGAGAGUACAGUAGGUUGGCCCUUGCUGAUUUCUGAAGUUAAUCCAUGCUGUGCCAUCAUUUAUGGUUUAUUUUUCUUAAAUGCAUCCUGCCAUGUCAGAAAAAGAAAAAGAGGAAGCUGAGUUUAGCAAUUAUUGUUACCUUUUCCUCUCUUUUGAUUGUGUUUACUGUUCCUUAAGUUCAUCUGCAGUCUUCAUGAGAUAAUUGAAAACUGCCUUGGGAUGCACAGUACAUUUCUAAGUUAUAUUUAGUCUUUUGUGAUGGACAUGAUUUCACAGUGGAGAUUAAAUGCUGCUGGUGAUGGCUAUUGCAUGCUAUUCUACUUUUCUAGGUAUACCUACCUGCCUUCGGAGUCCAAGGGGAAAGUUCACCUUGAACUAAAACUGAAUGAACUGAUAACAGACAAUGGAUCUGUGUGCCAGCAACUAGUAGUACACAUAAAGGAGUGCCAUGGGUUGCCGCUUAUAAAUGGACAGAAUUGUGAUCCUUAUGCAACAGUUUCUCUUGUGGGACCUUCCAGGAAUGACCAAAAGAAGACCAAGGUUAAGAAGAAAACAAGCAAUCCGCAGUUUAAUGAAACAUUUUAUUUUGAGGUAACCAGGUCCAGCAGUUACACAAAAAAGUCCCAGUUUCAGGUGGAAGAAGAAGAUAUUGAGAAACUAGAAGUCAGGGUUGACCUAUGGAAUAAUGGCAAUCUGGUACAAGACAUCUUUCUAGGAGAAAUUAAAGUUCCUGUGAAGGUGUUAAGAAAUGAUUCUUUUCAAGCAUGGUACUUACUUCAGCCAAGAGAAAAUGGAAACAAGUCUUCUAAAACUGAUGAUUUGGGAUCACUUAGAUUAAAUAUCUGUUACACUGAAGACUGUGUACUUCCAUCUGAGUACUAUACUUCUCUAAGGAACUUGCUGCUAAAAUCUGCAGAUGUUCAGCCUAUUUCUGCAUCUGCUGCCUACAUUCUGAGUGAGGUGUGUCGAGACAAGUACGAUGCUGUACUGCCUCUGGUACGGCUGUUGCUGCACCACCAUAAGCUGGUUCCCUUUGUUGCAGCAGUGGCAGAGCUAGAUCUGAAGGACACCCAAGAAGCAAACACAAUCUUCAGAGGCAACACAUUAGCAACUCGGUGUGUAGAUGAAAUGAUGAAAAUAGUGGGGAAGCACUACCUAAAGGUCACUUUGAAGCCUGUUAUUGAUGAGAUAUGCGAGUCUCCUAAACCCUGUGAAAUAGAUCCCAUCAAAUUAAGAGAAGGGGAUAACGUGGAAAUUAAUAUGGAAAAUCUCCGCUAUUACGUGGACAAAGUGUUCCGUGAAAUAGUGCGGUCGAGUAUAAGUUGUCCUACCCUAAUGUGUGAUGUUUUUUAUUCUUUGAGGCAUCUGGCUGCCAAAAGAUUUCCAAAUGACCCUCAUGUACAGUAUUCUGCAGUGAGCAGCUUUGUGUUUCUUCGUUUCUUUGCUGUAGCCGUAGUCUCACCUCAUACUUUUCAUUUACGACCUCACCAUCCAGAUGCACAGACUUCUAGAACAUUAACUCUUAUAUCAAAAGCCAUCCAGACUUUGGGGAGCUGGGGAAGUUUGACCAAAACCAAACUUUCAAGUUUCAAGGAGACGUUUAUGUGUGAGUUUUUCAAAACAUUUCAAGAAGAAACAUUUACUGAAUCUGUUAAAAAGUUCCUGGAUGAUGUUUCCUCUACUGAGAGUAAAGAGCCCAGCGGUGUAAGCGAGCCAGUACAUCUAAAAGAAGGAGAAAUGUACAAAAGAGCUCAGGGAAGGACUCGGAUUGGUAAAAAGAAUUUCAAGAAGCGAUGGUUCUGUCUAACAAGUAGAGAAUUCACAUAUCACAAACAGCAAGAUAAAGAACCAAUUUUCACUAUUCCAAUCAAAAACAUCCUUGCAGUGGAGAAACUUGAUGAGAGCUCCUUCAACAAGAAAAAUAUGUUUCAAGUACUUCAUGGGGAAAAGCCACUGUAUAUCCAAGCAAAUAACUGUGUAGAAGCCAGUGAGUGGAUAGAGGCUCUUUGCCGGGUAACGAGGUGCAACCAGAAGAGGCUGAGCUUUUACCACCCCUCUGCUUUCCUGAAUGGGAACUGGCUGUGCUGCAAGGCCACCAUAGAGAGCAGCGAGGGCUGCGCGCGCUGCACUGCAGAUGUUCCUGCUGAUACUCAAAUUGAGAUUGAUGGAGACAGAGAGACAGAAAGAAUUUACUCACUUUUCACUAUCAACAGGUCUAAACUACAGAAGUUGGAAGAGGCUUGUGGAAGUAUAGCAGUCUAUCAAGGUCCUCGGAAAGAACCAGAUGAUUAUUCUAACUUCACCAUUGAAGAUUCUGUAGCCACUUUCCAUACACUCCAGCAGAUAAUAGAUAUAGUAGAAAAGCUGAAUGAAUCCCAUGAAAAAUACCAGAAGAAGAGAUCAUCUAGUGCCAAAUAUGGUAGUGAAGAAAACCCAAUUGUUGGAAAAGUUUCCUAACCAAAAAAAAUUGCCCCACUUGGAUGAAAAAAGAAACUGGAAAUGUUCUGGAGUGUUUUGUUUUUUAUUCUUCUUUUUAAAAUUCAUUAUAUGCAUUUUUGCAAAAUAUUUAAGAAUGAACAUAAAUGCUAGUUGUGUUGACAAUCUAUUUAAUAUUUAAUAGAAAAUACCUUCUUGGAAAUCUGGUCUUUAAGGUUUAUUCUCAUUUUGCUGAAGAACUUGAAGUUCCAGGUUCUUGAAGUAACCAGAUGUGAAUAAAUCUAAAAGUUGUUUUCCCAUUGUUGUCUUAUUGGAAAGAACUUUCUAGACAAAUAAGCUUUUUUGUGGAGGAAAAUCCACACUGCAUUUGUUGGUUGGAUUAAAUCUCAGUACAUACACUGCAAACUUGCAUGAGUUUACCAUGAGUGCCUGCCCUGCUGAUACGGA